GGUUUAAUAGCCCUAACACUUUUACAAUAUGAUUUACCGUGUAUCAUUUUUAUUUCUCUAGGAUGCUCUUGAUAAGAUGCUCCAUAUUCUAUCUCUUCCUUCUGCUACCACUUAGCUCUUGGAUGCAGAAACUACCUACUAGAGAUGAAGAACUUUUUCAGAUGCAGAUCCAGGACAAAAGUUUUUUCCAUGAUUCUUCAGUACUCCCGGAUGGAGCAGAGAUCAGUGGUUAUCUCUUCAGAGGAACACCCAAACGGUUUUUUUUUGUGGUAGAGGAAGAUAAUACACCAUUUGCAGUUACAGUGACUCCUUGUGACACACCUUUGGAAUGGAAACUGAGUUUGCAAGACCUCCCUGAAGAGUCAAGUGGAGAAGGCUCAGGUGAACUGGAGCCACUUGAACAACAGAAUCAGCAGAUUAUUCGUGAAGAAGACACAGAGCUAUUUUCAUACAGAGGAAAUGAUGUUGAGUAUUUUGUAUCUUCUACUUCACCUUCCGGGUUAUACCAGUUAGAACUCUGGUCAACAGAAAAGGAUACAAACUUUAAAGUCUAUGCUAGUACAACUCCAGAGUCAGAUCAACCAUAUCCUGAACUACCUUAUGAUCCAAGAGUUGAUGUUACUUCUUUUGGUCGUACAACUGUCAGUUUGGCAUGGAAACCUAGCCCUACAGCUUCAGUAUUGAAACAGCCAAUACAAUACUGUGUAGUCAUUAAUAAAGAACACAAUUUCAAAAGUCUCUGUGCUGUUGAGACUAAACAGACUGCUGAUGAUACAUUUAUGAAAGCUCCUAAACCUGGUCUGGAUUUUAGCCCUUUUGAUUUUGCCCAUUUUGGAUUUUCUUCCAACAGUAAUUUUGGGAAAGAACGCAGCUUCUUAAAAGCAACACCAAAGCUUUAUUCAAAACUUUAUUCAAAGCCUAAGGUUGAUCUGGAAAAGAUAUGCAUUGGAAACAAGAAUAUAUUUACUGUAUCUGAACUGAAACCUGGUACACAGUACUAUUUUGAUAUAUUUGCUGUAAAUGUCAAUACAAAUAUGAGUACUGCCUAUGUUGGUACUUUUGCAAGAACUAAAGAGGAGGCCAAACAGAAGACAGUUGAUUUAAAAGAUGGGAAGGUUACAGAUGUGUUCGUCAAGGGAAAAGGCACAAUUUUUUUGCGGUUUGCUCCUGUUUCAUCACAUCAAAAAGUUACAUUUUUGGUUCACUCAUGUCUCAAUGACAUACAAAUGCAAAUCAAAAGAGAUGGAAAACUUCGGUUAUCUCAAAAUGUUGAGGGUGUCCAUCAGUUUCAACUUAGGGGAAAGCCAAAAGCCAAAUACCUUGUCCGACUGAAAGGAAAUAAGAAGGGAGCUUCCAUAUUGAAGUUUUUAGCCACAACAAGGCCCAAUAAGCAGUCAUUUCCAUCUCUUCCUGAAGAUACAAGAAUCAAAGCCUUUGAUAAACUUCGCACAUGUUCCUCAGUCACAGUGGCAUGGCUAGGUACACAAGAAAGAAACAAGUUUUGCAUCUACAAGAAAGAAGUAGAUGACAAUUAUAAUGAGGAGAAAAAGAAAAGAGAACAAAAUCAGUGUCUGGGACCAGACUUGAGAAAAAAAUCAGAAAAAGUCCUCUGUAAGUAUUUUCACAGUCAAAAUCUACAAAAAGCAGUUACCACAGAGACAAUUAAAGGUCUAAAGCCUGGCAAAUCCUAUGUUCUGGAUGUUUAUGUCAUAGGACAUAGUGGGUAUUCGGUCAAAUAUCAAAGCAAAUUAGUGAAAACAAGAAAAUUCUGUUAGGGAUCUUUUAUAUAAAAGUCUGCAGACCAUUACUGGAUCUACUAACAUACAGAAUAGAAGUUGUAAACUGUAUUGGUAUUAUGCAUAGGAGAUAUUAACAUCUAUAUUUAUUUUUAAAGAAAGACUGAGGCUAGUGCUCUUCGUUGGUAUCUGACGGUUGCAUUAUCAUGCAUCUGGUGGUCUAUGUUUGAUGUUUAGUAAAUAAUCAAGAUAGCCGGGAAUAUUGGAGAACCUGCCCUUUUUGCUUCCAUAUUGCAUGAAGUGCUUCUAAAUUAUUUUAUCAUAUCAAAGGCUAGGACAAAUCAUUCAGUAUAUGCAUAUUAGUCAUAGGCAAAGACAAGAACCAAAACUUCCAUCCAAUCUUUUUUCAUACACUACGGUUUAUGUAAAUUAUUUUUACUGUUUUGUUUAAUAUGUCUAUGUUUCUAUGUUGUAAACUAUGAAAAAUCUUUUCUUGUUAAAAGCAUAGAUAUAAAUUAAAUAUUAACUGGGAUUUCCAGUUUUAUUGUUAAUACAAAUUCCUAUCUAGUGAAUUUAAAAUGCUUAAAAAGUUUAUGUGUUUCAUGUACAAAAUAGUCAUUCAUUAUAUUCCUGUAUAUAAAAUUAAAAUAUUAGAUUAUACAUUCCUAUUCAUAUUGAUGUUUCAUAUAUCUACAAAGCCAUAUAUAUAUACACAUCUGUAUAAUUCUGAAUCCAUUUUAGCAUCUGUAAUUAAUAAUUAUCUGAACAUCAUUAAUUGUUAGUAUAUUUCAAAUAUUUUUCAAUUUGUCAGAUCAAUCCUUCUCUAUUGAAACAUAAAAUAAUCUACUUGUGCUUAAAAUUGAAUAAACGGAUAUGGAUGCCU